GCAGGUCAAGUGUUGAAAGCUUUUUACAAGCAUUCUCAACCGGACCAUUCACCCCAAUAUUUUCGGGCUUAUUUUCCGCUCUCCGAACUCGCAAAACCAUUUAGUUUUCAAUUCACUCCCACCGAGGAAGUAGAAAAGAAAGCGGACGGAAAAUGA